AUGAAGCCUGACUGGGAUGCGCUGAGGGCUGAGUACAAGAACCACUCCACGAUUCUGAUCGCCGACGUGGACUGCACCGCUUCCGGGCGCGCGCUGUGCCAGGAGGUCGGCGUCAGAGGGUACCCCACGCUCAAGUGGGGCGACCCCGACGACCUUCAGGACUACAAAGGGGGCCGCGCUCUUGAGGAUCUCAGGAAGUUCGUCGCCGAUCUGAGGCCCUUGUGCGGCCCCGUGGACCCUAGCGCGUGCAGCGACGCGCAGAGGAAGAUGAUCGAGGAGUUCACCAAGAUGGGCGGCGAGAAGCGCGAGGGUCUCAUCCAGCAAAAGGUCGAGGAGAUAGAGGCGAUCGAGGCCAAGUUCAAGCAGGUCGCAGAGGGCAUCUCGAAAGAGUAUGAAGCGGCAAGCAAGAGGAAAAAGGUCGAGACCGAGGCCUUGGACCCGAGGGAGCUCGGGUGGCUCAAGGCGGUAAGGGCCUUGGCCGCUCAAAGCGGAGGGACCCGCCAGAGUGCAGGGACUCAGCCUUCGUCGCAGGCCUCAGGAGAGCUGUAG